AUGGAUGCCAUCACCAAAGAACAUUUGGAUACCUACUGGGAGAACCAAAAAGAUCAAGUAGUCAAGGUUCACGAAGUUGCUGGCAAGUAUACAUCUACAAUGUCUUUAAGAUUCUUCUUCAACAUAGAGGAUCCGCAAGUCGUUGCAGAACUAGAAGGAUUCAUUACCCUUAUAUCUGCCGGCUUCAUUUCGCUGCCGAUCAAUUUUCCGGGCACAAAAUUAAACCGAGCCAUUGAAGCGUCCCAGAAAAUGAGGAAAUAUGUUGAGAAUAUGCUAGUUGAGGGGAGGAAGAUGAGAACUAGUAGUCCAGCUGGUGAUGCACGAGGUGGAGAUUAUGAUCUGUGGUCUAGCAUGCUCAUGCAGACGUCUAGUGUCGAUGGCCAACCCAUGAAGGACUCGGACAUUGCCAACAAGUUGUGCGGUCUUAUAAUAGCUGGCUACGACAAUGUCAUUGCUACGUUGGAUUCAAUCAUCAUGUAUCUAUCAGAACUUCCUCAUGUUUAUGAUGCCGUCCUCAAAGAGCAAAUGGAGAUUGCAAACUCAAAGGCAGCAGGAGAGCUGCUGAACUGGGGGGACGUACAAAAGAUGAAAUAUACGCGGUGUGUGGUAUCUGAAGUGUUGAGGUUGAAGCCACCAGUUCUCGGGACUUUCAGAGAGGCCAUUACUGACUUCAUCUAUGAAGGAUAUCUAAUUCCAAAAGGAAUGAAGUUACACUGGAAUGCAUAUGGGACACACAAAAAUCCAGAAUAUUUCCCUAAUCCGGAAAACUUUGAUCCGUCGAGGUUCCAAGGGGAUGGGCCUGCUCCGUUUUCAUAUGUUCCUUUCGGAGGAGGGGCUCCAAUGUGCCCCGGCAGAGAAUACGCACGAUUCAAGAUAUUGGUCUUCAUGCAUAAUUUGGUCACCAGAUUCCGGUGGGAGAAGGUUUUUCCUGACGAGAAAAUGAUAAUGGACCCAAUUCUUGUUCCUACCAAAGGACUUCCAAUUCGGCUCUAUCCUCACGCCUCAAUUCAACGAACAUGA